GAUUAACUGCCCACACAGGACGUUUCCUGUCCCCGAAUAAUGUACAAUGGUCCUUGCAGGACGGUCCGACAUGAUUGGGCAAUUCUACCGUCUGGGAGGGGGAAAGAUGACAGGGACAACGUUUGCCCAUGUAAGACGAGACACGCAGCCUCGCAUCAGCUGAGAUAGCCUUGCAGCACACUUCUCCCUUUCACAAACUCGAUAAUGUUUUCGGACUUGUCAGGUCACCUCACUCCCGCUGAACAAUGCCAUCUUCUCAACUUCCAUCUCACAACGCGGUCGCACCUUUCCGUCGCAAUUUUACAAACAGAUCGCAAAUACGCUCUGCCGACUACGCUGUCAACUAUCAACCUGAUCGCUCGUAUGCUUGUGGCCGAUUAGCCCCAUUUUCCCUAUGUCACAUCCACUCGUGGCAGCAGUGUGGGAACAGUUGCGCCGUCGUGACAUUACAAAUAUCCUGAGGGAAAUUAUCGGCGAACAUGCGACAGAUGUCGCCAUUUUUCAAGCGGAAGAUAGCCCCGACGCGAAGGUCGAACCUCUUAUGCACCCGGUGUUCUGGAUAAAAGCCAUUUUCGAUUUGCAGAGGACGUAUCUGCAAGGGCUGACCAACUUCGACGAUGGCCAUCCGUGCUCCCCUCUCUACCUAUUGCCGUCGGAAGUCAUUUUCACAACUCUCAUGUACCUAGUCCAGGUCAAGCCAAAGUUGUUCCCUUGCAACAAACCGGUAAAUCCUGAGCUGGUCAAAUAUAGACACGUUCUCACGCUCACUUUACUCGCCGGCGCGCGGUUGCUUCUACUGCGCGGUGAAAGCGUACGCCAUGAGAUGAAAUUCAAUCUGGAACGUGCGAUACGAACAGCAUGGCAGGACUCCGAAUUACCCAGCGCAGAGCGAUUUAUGGUCAGUAACUUGCUACCGAAAAUGAUCGAGAGUAUGGAAUCGUCGGACUUAUCGAAAGGUCAUGCGUUCUUUCCAGCAUCACAUGGACAAAAUCCUAAAUUUGUCACUUCGGAAUCUUAUCCCUUCCUUGGGAACACAGAAACACAUUUAACAGACCUCUUAACGGCCUUUCUUGGGAACAAUAACGAUCAGUUGACCCCUUUCUUGUCCUUGUACGACAUGCUCUGGGCCGCGGAAGCGACAAUGGUACAGUCCCAUAUAGAUCGCCGCCGGAUAUCCCAAGAACAAGGGCAUACCCUGUCAGCAGACCCGGAUGUUGACGAAUCGUUUGAUCGACCACGGGAAAGCAGGAUGAAGCUGGCUAGGACGGUGUUGGCAGCUUUUGAUGAUGAAUUUACUUCGGCACCCCUUCAAAUUCUAGCGACAGUCGUACUAAGCCAGAACGCCGAAGCUCAUCCACCUCUACAAACACGGAGAAUCAGAGAUAACUGGGCUCAGCUAUCUCGUAUCAGGGAAGUCUGUGAAGGGUCUCUGGGCCAUCUGGUGAGAUGGCUUAUCAACCGGAGAGUCCAAUUGUGGGGUUGCAACGGAGAACUUGAGGCCGUCUCUCAUGACUAUCAACAAAAUCUGACGGAGUGGUUGCAGUGUUCACCCGUCCAUGAGACGAGCCAAGUAAGUCGUCAAGACGAUGUGCUUUAUCUCGUGGAUUGUCCCGCUGCACACUCGGUGCCUAGAGCAGCACUGGAGGAGCGAUUGAAUGGCUGCGACAGGGGUGCUUAUGAGCAACUACGAGGAAAUGUUCAAUACCUCACCCUGAAUAUUUCCUGCCCUCUGUGUCCAACAAACACAAAAAUACAGCACAUACGGAUGAUUAAACCCGCCAGGGUCUCCCAAUCGCGCCCCGGUUUCGAAUCAGGCAGCACUAGGAGUUACUCGUUCCCCGACUCCCUGUCAAGAGACACGACCUCUUCGAGCUCCCUCAGCCAUUCCACGAGUCAUUCAUCCGUACACAUAGACUCAGGCGACGGGACGAGGAGCCCGAUAUCACCUCUGACGUUCAAAUCAGGACUCAGACAGUCUCCUACCACGGCCUCCGACCCGCAUGGCUCAUGGUUGGCGCGUAGUAAGCCAGAUCAUUCAUACGAGAAGCCCAUGAUGAAAUCAUUCCCUCGAGAGCUUAAGAAUGUCACCCUGCCCUUCUCCAGCGGCUCCUCCCUGUUUAGAAGGGUAUCGGCCAAAAGAAAUCAGCUACCUCGUGAGCCCAGGUUCUGUUUUUCUGCUUCAGGGCGAAGUCUUCUUCUUUGGGGCGUUGGAAGCAAUUGGGUAUCAAGGUUUGAGAUAUCCAGCGGGGGCGGGCAUAAGCCAAAAGGUUAUAGAUACGAUGUCUCCGGUGUGCAGUACGUUGCCGCAGGGGACAAGCGAUGCGCAGUGAUUGCCGCAGUUGGAGAGCAUUAUGAGCUUCUGGUAUUUAAGGGAUCUGGCCCCAGUCCCGAAGCUCAUUUACCAAUCGAGAUUCACCAUCCAUCUCUACCUCCUAUCCAUAUGAUCAUGUCCCGCGAUGACCGCUACGUUGCCUUUACACUCAAAAACGAAGCUCGAGUUUACGAACUGAUACCAAACGGUAUCAGAAGAGUCUCAUUUGGCGGUUCAGGAGACGCCAGCGCAUCCCUGUGUGAACUGUCACAUGCCCCAAAUCGCAUUCCGACGACUCUAGGUAAUGACGUUAUACGAGGGGAACAAGAAGCGAUCAUUGAAAGGAAACUUCAAUUCUCUGUUGACGGAAAAUAUUUCGUCAUUGCGACGCACCUUAAAGAUAGCAACGCCUACGUUGAUGUGUGGGACCUUUCCCUAAAAAGGUGGGAUACUGUCCCAGGGCGAUCAAGGUCGUUUAGACUUUCUCACCGAACAACCAACAACAAAGAUCUCACCUGCGUGUUCUACGAUACUAUUCAUCAUGCAGUUCUCUUGCCGGCCUUUUUCGAGAGGGAGUUCCCAACAUCAUCCUCGAUCGCCGACAAAGAUGUGCUUAACGAUCCAGCUAACACCCGAAUAAUCCACGCAGCCCAGUCAUCCUCGGGGUCACAGUUUACGAUUGCAAACGGUAUGAAUCAGAUAUACUUGUUUGACACCAAGGCGAGUGGGACUCUGCGUGUGACUCGGCUGAAAAAGGCCUCUCACAAGAUAAGUUCCUCAGUUUUCAGGCCAGGCUAUUUGACCUUAUCCUUCCCACAGGACGAUGAGGUGCUUCUUUUCUGGAUGGAUAGUGGGAAGUUGAUGCUCAGGAUGGUACGGUUGCAUGAGGGUACCCAGACAUCCAAAGACUAUGAUCUGCGCUCUGAUUUUGACCGGCUCAUGCUCGACCGACCCACCGGUGAUACACAGCCCAGACGAACUUCAUUACUUUCUAAUCAACAAAGCACGCCAUUGGAUGGUUACAUAUCCAUACCCAGCAGGCCCAAGUUGGCCGAACUGCCGUCAACAUAGAACGUCAAUGGAGACCCUAAGAAUGCUUCCACACUAAUUCUUCGGCCUGAUACCGUGGAGGAUUAUAGUAUACCAUUUAUAAUAGCCAUUAUAUACUUAUAUAACCAUCCUACAUACUCAAGGUUAAUCUAAUGUAGUCACUACAGCAUUGCAGAGAGGAAAUUGAUGCUUAAGAGAGAUUCGGUGCUUGAGGACGACCUGUCAUGCAUGUCAUUACCCGGAAAGGAUUAGUGCGGGGGGAGCUCCUCCCGGGAGAAGAGAAGUUCCGAGCGCCGAGGGGGUGCUAUGAUGAUCGACGUCACU